AGUAGUGUCGUAAAUAUAGGCUAGGUUGCCAAGCGACCAUCUGAUUUCAGGCUUAGGCCGCUCUACUGUAAAGUGAGGGGAUACACACAGAAGGUUAAAGUGAGUUCACCAAAACACGCAUCAUGCCGUUCAUCGACCUCCAGGGGAAGUUGGGUAUCAACAUGGACAAAUGGAUGUUGAUCCAGGGUGGAGAGCAGCCAUAUAAACGUGCGCCGCGCUGCCACGCCUUUGAGAAGGAGUGGAUCGAGUGUGCAGAUGGCAUUGGUCAGACCCGUGCCAAAAAGGAGUGCAAGCUCGAGUUUGAGGACUUCUAUGAGUGCAUGCACAGAGAGAAGACGCACAAGAGGCUAUAUGAGAUCCGUAAGCAGCGGGACAAGAUGGUGAAGGAGGGCACCUACCAGACACCAGCUCACCACACUGGCGCUCAGGCUGACAACAGGCCUUGACCCUAUUUGACCUUGUUGACCACAAGGUGUGUCCCCAACUUGUGUAUACAAAUUUUUAUUCAGAUGUCACUUUAUUGUUCGUGUCUACCCCUGUACAAGUUUGCAAAUAAAUAUUAUUGAUCGUGAA